CGGCUCGUAUUAUGCGUUAAACAUAUUCCGGGUAUUACGCCGUUAUUACGGCGUAAAUGCGCGUUUAUUUUCACAUGAAGAGUAACGGUACUUAACGAGCUCCACUUGUUUUAAUAGCUUUGCUUAUUUAACCUAAAGCUAGAUGUUAAGAGCGUGUCGUAAUUAGACCUAUUUCCUUUAAGAUGUUCUACGUAGUUUACUCGUUGUCCCCGUAGAUCCCGUUUGCCCUUUUUGACGCGAAGCUGUCGUUACGUCAUCAGUUAAACGACAGGUCGAGCGAUCACGCAAGUGAGCUGGAAGGUUGUGACGUCACGGACGAAGUACGACAGCCGGCAAGGUCACGGGAUUUUCGUUUCGUUUAAACCAGCAAAUGGAAGCACCUGUUAAGUGGUCACCUGUAACAGGUGCUUCCAUUUGCUGGUUUAAACAGGUGCUCACCUGUAACAGGUGCUUCCAUUUGCUGGUUUAAACGAAACGAACAUCCCGUGACCCUCUUCGAACACGUUCCUUUCAAACAGGUGCAACACGGGAGGUCGCCCGCCAGGUGUCGCCAUGGUUUCUAUUUAAAGGCUAAACUGUUUUCAGCACAGGUGGUCAAAGUGUUGUAGAAUGUGGAAUUUCAGUCCUAGUUGAAGUCCAUACAAGCUUUGCCAAUGUAGCGUCAAGUAAUUACACAGCAUCGUGGCUCAUAUCACAUACUGCUCCAGUGUCAGUGAUUUUUCCCCCUUAUCCACUGUCCACUACACCGUCUGAACCGCCAAGUCCUCCAUGAAGUGUUUGUACCAACAGGGGCUCCGGCAGCUUUCCAGGCGCAGCGUUACCAGCAGUGCCAACAGGCAGAUGGAGAACUCCGUGAAGGAAAAACAAAAACUAUUUCAGGAGCAGAACGGUCUACCCGUCCAUCUUAAAGGCGGCACGGGGGACGCUCUGCUCUACAGAGCCACCAUGGCGCUCACUGUGUUCGGGGCUUCGUAUGUGGUGUUUGAGCUCUUCAGCGCAGCAAUGCCCAAGAAGCCACACUGAGAGGGGAUUGGACUUAAUUCAUCUGAUGCAACGACCAUCGCAUCAUGAACGUAAUUCAUAAACUCUGGGAGUCCGAUGAAUCGUAUGUUUCAUGUUGGAAAUCUAUUUGUAAAAAUAACGGGCUGCAAAUAAAAAAAAAAAUUAAAAAAAA